ACUCUUCCGGUGUGGUUUCCGGUUAGCUGGCGCAUCUGCAGCAACCAAAGCGGCAGACGAGAAUCGCCAUGAGCAACACGCUCAUUUCUGCCUGAAUUAGAUUCUGUCCGAUUGAAACCGAACCGCAUCCGUUCACCGUUCACCGGCAGGCCUCGCUCCGAUGGGAGCGCGCAUAUGCGUCUGAGAAGGUUUUGCAGGAAUGCUAGCGUUAGCGCCUAGCUGACUAUGUGUUGGAUUUAAAUGAUAUAUAUAUUUUUUUCAUCAAACAAGAAACGAAAUAAUAUGAUUAUGGGUGUUUAACUCAUGAAAUUAUCGCUUAUUCUGAUUAAUAUCCGCAUGUCAUCUGUUUUUCCGUGAAAAGUGGGUGGUUUUUUAGAUGUUAAUGAGCUGCACAGCUGGUUGAUGAUGGAGAGUUUGACUUUCAUCCAGCAAAACAAUAUGUUCUCUUCGCUUCACGUCUGAUUUUUCAACAGGGUUUGAAUGUUACAUUGAUUUAGACUUUAUUUAAAUAUUUAUAUCGUGAUAUGGGCCCGUGUCCCUUAUAUAAACACUAGACAAACACUUUAAUCAUAUCAGGCCAUCACUGACAGACGCUGUUGAUUUGGGAGUACUCAACUGUGAUGUAUUAAUCUAGUACAUAUACUGUUUGUUUUCAUUUACUAGUACGGUUUUGUUGCUAUACGGUUCAUUUGAGCUGUGAUCAGCACCAGAAUUGGGCUGGGAGUCUAUGUUUGACAGUCACAGCUGAUCUAGACCUCUGGCACAAGAACAAGCAAGCCACUUCAGUUUCUUAUAGGCUCAAAUAAGUAUCGUUAGUUAGGGGAUCGUUGAUACAUCAUGAAGAAGUUCUUUGACUCCCGGAGGGAGCUGGUGGGCUCGGGACCCGGUUCCGGAGGGGGAGCUGGAAGUUCUGGGUCCAGCAGCAGUGUUGGUGGGAAUUUCAUCGGACGGGCUUUCACUGUAGGAAGACACCAGGUCACUGUAGAAGAAACUCUGGCAGAAGGUGGCUUCGCUAUUGUCUUCCUGGUGCGGACCAGUCAGGGAGUGCGCUGUGCCCUGAAGAGGAUGUACGUUAACAACGAACAUGACCUGCAGGUCUGCAACCGUGAGAUCCAGAUCAUGCGGGAUCUCAGUGGUCAUAAGAACAUCGUUGGGUUCCUGGACUCCAGCAUCACGGCUGUAGGAGGAGGAGACGUGUGGGAGGUGUUUAUCCUCAUGGACUUCUGCAGAGGCGGUCAGGUGGUGAACCUGAUGAACCAGCGUUUGCAAACAGGUUUCAGCGAACAGGAAGCGCUCCAGAUCUUCUGUGACACUUGUGAGGCUGUGGCACGUCUGCACCAGUACAAAACUCCCAUAAUCCACCGAGACCUCAAGGUGGAAAACAUCCUCCUUCAUGACAGAGGACACUAUGUUCUGUGUGAUUUUGGCAGCGCCACCAUGAAGUUCCAGAACCCCCAGAAUGACGGCGUGACUGUGGUGGAGGACGAAAUUAAAAAGUACACAACUCUGUCCUAUCGCGCUCCUGAAAUGGUGAAUCUGUACAACGGCAAAAUCAUCACCACUAAAGCAGACAUCUGGGCAAUGGGCUGUCUGCUCUAUAAACUCUGUUUCUUCACAUUGCCCUUCGGUGAGAGUCAGGUGGCCAUCUGUGAUGGCAACUUCACCAUUCCAGACAAUUCCCGCUACUCCCCAGACAUGCACCGUCUCAUCCGCUACAUGCUGGAACCGGACCCUGAUAAGAGGCCUGACAUUUAUCAGGUGUCCUACUUUGCUUUCAAACUGGCCCGACGGGACUGCCCUGUCCAAAACGUCAAGAAUUCUCCCAUUCCUGCUAAACUUCCUGAGCCAAUCCGAGCGAGCGAAGCAGCUGCGAAGAAGAGCCAAACUCAGACCAAGGCGAGACUUACAGACCCUAUUCCCACCACUGAAACCUCCAUCACCCCACGCCAGCGGCCCAAAGCUGCGCAAUCCCAGUCUCAGGCACUAGGGGGCAUCCUGCCCAUCCAGCCUGCUGCCCUGACCCCACGCAAGAGAGCCAACUUGCCCGUCGUGGCCACUCAGUCGAUAGCUGUCAGUGUGAAUUUGGCUCAGCCAGCUGCAGCGCUUCAGUCUCAGAAAGCCCAGACGUCUCCGGUCCCUCAGCAGAAAACGCCCAUGCAGCCCAUCCCUGCCGCAGCCGCAGGAGGGGGUGUUCCAGUUGCAGCUGUCAGCCCUGCCCCUCCGAAAGCUGUAGCCACUCCUCCUCCAUCCAGCCCCGUCCCACCCACCGCACCCGCACGGAGCGCCCGUCGUAAGCAGGCGUCUGCGGCUCAGCAGCAGCCGGUGCCCAUCCAGCCCACUGCCACUCAGCCGGCUGGGCCCCCGCCUCCAGCACAGGCUGAGCCUGCAGCGGUGCCGCCCACUGUCCAGCAGCCAGAACCUCAAUCACAAAUCAGCACAGAGAAGGCAGAAGAGAGGCCUGCAGCCCCUGGCCUGUCCCAGACUCCUCCUUCAUCCCCAAAGAUGGCCCAGAAGGCAGGGCACAGACGUAUCCAGAGUGAUGUUACUCACAGCGCUAUGUUCGGUGUGCCGGUCAGCCAGUCCACUCAGCAGCUGCAGGAAGCCACAGCAGAAGCCAGCCUUAACAAGUCAAAGUCAGUCAGCGCCACCCCAUCCAAUUCUCCCCAGUCCUCCCAGCAGAGUGUGUACCAGUCUGCCCAGCAGGGCAGUACUUCUGUCCCUCAAGCUCCUGCCUCAGCUGCUAGCCUGACAAGCCCCCCAGACCAGCCCACCUGGAAUCCUUUCGGUGACGACAAUUUCUCCAAACUCACGGCUGAGGACCUACUCAACAAAGAUUUCACCAAACUUGCUGAUGAACCUGUUGAACCUCUGAUUGUCACUACUGAGAGUCUUAUUCCUGGGCUGGAGGCUGCAGAACCUACUCCUCCAUCUUCUGCUGAAAGACCUGCUGACAUUUUGGGCUUGGAAUCAGGAGCUGGUUUGCUAGCUGUGCCAGAGAAACUGAUAGAGGGCCUGAAGUCUCCAGAUACCUCUUUCAUGCUGCCUGAUCUGCUGUCAAUGGCUGACCCCUUUGGUAGCUCCAUUGAUGACACUAGAGAUGCCAAAACGGAAGUGUGUUUGGAGACUCUGAUUCCUGGUUUAGAGCCCCCUCAGGCUCAGCUACACCCUGUGGAGGCAGAUCCAGUAUCAUCAGCACUGAGAGACCCUUUGAUUGGAGAGGACUCCAUGCUGGGCUGUCCUCUCCCCUCUGGCUCCGCCUACUCUCUGGAUGACUUUGCGCCUGUUUCAGGAGCCCCCUCCCAGAAUAUUCCAGCUGCAGACUCCUGUUUGAUCUCAGGCUUUGAGCCUCAUAGCGCUGAGACAGCCAAUGAAGAUGAAUUUGACCCCAUACCAGUACUGGUCUCCAAAAACUCCCAAGAUGAUCUGCCUAACAUCAACGGCUAUGAUUCUUCAUCAGGAGCCAAUAACAUCCAGUGCUCAGAUGUUCCUGCAGAGGAAGAAGAGGUUCUGCAUGCGAGCAGUGGUUCAAAGCUUCUACUGCUGGACUCCAAACUCCUCAACACUACAGCUCUCAAACUCUCGCCAUCGUCCUCCCCAGACAUCUUCUCAAAUGCCCCAUUCCCUGGAUGUGGACGAGAUGGUAGGGACAUCUUCACCGGCGCUCCAUUUCCUCAACUUCAACGAGUCCAUCCGCAGCCUGAUGUCUUCCUCCAGGCCCCAUUCUGCAGAAGGAAUGAUCCGUCUGGACCGCAACAUCUAACGAGGUGCACAAAUGGCAACGAAAUUCUGCCCCAUCCACCGGUGCACAGUCAAAUCCGGUUUCCACAAUGCGUCGAGGCUCCGAUGCCCCAGCAACCCAUUGCAGCCCACCGCGUGGUCUCCAGUGUGGGGCAGCAGGCGGCCGUGAGCUCAGUCGCCGUUGGACCACUUCACUCCUGGAUGGUAGGUGUUCGAGCAGUGAUGGACCCCUUCCUGGCAGCCCCCUUCCAACCUCGGGGCCCAUUGGGAAAGCCUUAAGGUUUGAGAAUAUUGUGCCGUUCCAGUGCUAGUUAUAUCUGUGGUGGAAGCAAUCCUGGCGUAGUCAAUCAUGAGACGACUACCUCAGUCCUCGUGACGCCAUCUGGCAUCACCGCAGCACUUUAGCUUACCUUCACUACGAUGUUCUUCCUCUGUGCAUCGCUCCACCAGGCAUGAAGAGAGCGAUUUCAUCUUUUGAUUGAUGUAAUGGUCUAUAAUCCACGUAUAUUCAUCCAAUUUCUUUUUGCAAUGGUUCAUGCAUUAUUAUAUAUAUAUAUAUAUAUAUCAUACAUAGUAUUAAUAAAAGAUGCAAAAUGUGAAAAUGAAGGAAGUUUGUUGCUUUCAGUUUACUAGUUUACAGGGAGCAGCUGAUGGAACUAUUCAAUGGUUUUUAAGCUUUUUGAAGAACUAACUACCUUUUUGAGUCUCAAAGCUGGAAGAAUUUCCAGAACCUGGUGACAGAAUUGUGUUGAGGCCUUAUGACAGGUAAAAAUAGCUGGAGAAUCACGUUUCUUUUCCGUUCUUGUUAAACCCAAGGUACUGUGCGUUCUAAGCUGGACUGGAAUGGACUGUAAGUAACUGACGGUCGCAUCCACACCAUCUAAUGCAGUGAAAUCAUCGAAGCACUUUUACGAUCUGUAAUAGUGCAUAUUGUAGUUUUGCUAUAUAACAAUCUGCUGUAUAUUCACUGUGUAUUAUCUGUAUGAUAAAUCCA